AUGGAGGAGUGCUGCAGCUGCUGUGCGUUGGGUCUGCGUCUGAGGCGAGAGGGAAAAGGCUGUGAUGUUCAUCAACACCUGAGUUUUCCCUGCGGACACGUCUUCCUCACCUGCUGCGAGGAGGAACAGGAAGAGGAAGGAGGGGGGAGUGUACCUGUGCUCAGGAGGAAGGAGAAACCCAGACCUACUGCACUGCCCAAGAGAGUGUUGGAGAGUCAGUUUCCUAAGCAGUCGUUCUCUAUGGAGGACCCGGAGCACACUGCUAACUCAGUGGAGAGGGUGGAGAAGGUGGAGCAGGUAGACAGGUGUCAGAGUUAUGAGGGUCAGCUCUGCCAUCACACCUGCAUCAACACCCCCGACUCGUACAGGUGCACCUGCCGCCCGGGACACUCACUGCUGCAGGACGGACACACCUGUGCACCUGAGAAUAAUGCAGCAGAAGAAGAAGAAGAAGAAGAAGAAGACAACAGAGUGAAGGAGGAGGAGGACCGGCCAUUUACUCUGGCCACGCCUCUACAGGAAACCACCGCUCAGAUCCCGCCCCUACCGAGCCCAUGCUCAGGUAACAGCCUGUGCUCUCAGCAGUGCUCUGUGGUUCGAGGAAAAGCCCGGUGCUCCUGUUUCCCAGGAUUCUCUCUGAUGGCUGAUGGGCAGAGCUGUGAAGAUGUGGAUGAGUGCAGGAAUGCCUCACACACUUGCUCGAGGGAGGAGGUGUGUGUGAACACGGAGGGUUCGCACAAGUGUGUGUCUCUAAACGAGCGAUGCGACGUGGGGUUUAUACACAACUACAAUAGAGAGUGUGUGGAUCUGAACGAGUGUGUGACCAACACACACACCUGUCUGGCGGGCGAGCGCUGUGUGAACACGGUGGGGGCGUAUGUGUGUGAGAGGCUGAUUUCUUGUCCGAGUGGAUACCAGCUGAGGAACGGAGUGUGUGAAGAUAUAGACGAGUGUGUGCUGAGGACUCAUAACUGCGGUUCAGGACUGCAGUGCCAGAACACGCUGGGCUCCUUCCACUGCAGCUCCAAACAACAGCGCUGCCUCACCGGAUUCACCCAGGAUACUCACUCCAACUGCAUCGAUAUUGAUGAGUGCAGUGUGUUGUCGGAUGCGUGUACUGCAGGGUUUAACUGUAUAAACACAGUGGGGUCGUAUACCUGCCAACGCAAGGUUAUAACCUGCAGCCGAGGAUUUCACUCCAGCAACGACGGAACUCGCUGUGUGGACGUAGACGAGUGUGCGAUGGGAACACACACCUGUGGGGAAGGACAGGUGUGUCACAACACGCCGGGCAGCUUCCGCUGCGACUGCCAGACCGGAUACCAGUACGACUCGGCCCGGAGGACCUGCCUGGAUAUAAAUGAAUGCUGGCGUUUUCCGGGGCGGUUAUGUGCUCAGUCAUGUGAGAACACUCCAGGAUCCUAUCAGUGCUCCUGCACCUCCGGAUUCUCCCUCGCAUUCGACGGAAAGAACUGCGAAGAUCUUAAUGAAUGUGACAAUAACCCCUGCAGUCAAGAAUGUGCCAAUGUUUACGGAUCCUAUCAGUGCUACUGUCGCCUGGGUUACUACCUGAAAGAGGACGGACACACCUGUGAAGAUAUCGACGAAUGUUCCCAGAGCAUCGGAAACCUCUGCGCCUUCCAGUGCGUCAACGUCCAGGGCAGCUACCAGUGCGCCUGUCCCCCCGAGGGGUACUCCAUGUCCCCCAACGGACGCACCUGUCGAGAUAUUGAUGAGUGCGCCACUGGGGCUCACAACUGUUCAGCCACCCAAACCUGCUACAACAUCCAGGGCAGUUUCCGCUGCCUGUCCUUUACAUGCCCUGAAAACUACCGCAAAGUGACGGACACACGCUGUGAACGUUCCAGUUGCCCCAACUUCCAGGACUGUCAGAACCUGCCUCUGAGAAUCACCUACUACCAGCUGAGCUUCCAGACCAACAUCGUGAUUCCGGCGCAGAUCUUCCGGAUCGGUCCGUCUCCGGCGUACACCGGCGACAACAUCCUGAUCAGCAUCCCGCGAGGAAACGAGGAGGGCUUCUUCAGCACCCGCCGCCUCAACAGCUUCACCGGGGCGGUGUACCUGCAGCGGCAGAUCCCCGGCCCGCGGGACUUCCUCAUUGACGUGGAGAUGAAGCUCCUGCGGCAGGGAACCGUCACCAGCUUCAUCGCUCGCAUCUACGUCUUCAUCACCUCUCACGCCGCGUAGAGACUGCUCUGAGAUCAGUCAGGACCCACACUGAUUUAUACUGACUGUGGUUCUUAACUCUGAUCAUGGGGAUCUGCUGCCCUGCACUGUUUCACUGUUUAAUACCUCCUUUAUAACUUCUUAAAUUCAGAAAAUACAGAAAUAUGAUCCUUUAAAAUCAUCAAGAAGUUUUAGUAAAGAUGACCAACAAAUGCUUCUGAAUAUACAGCUCUGGAAAAAAAAAGAGAACACUUAAAAAUGAUGAGUUUCUUUGAUUUUACCAAAUUGAAAACCUCUGGAAUAUAAUCAAGAGGAAGAUGGAUGAUCACAAACCAUCAAACCACCAAACUGAACUGCUUGAAUUUUUGCACCAGGAGUAAAGCAGCAUAAAGUUAUCCAAAAGCAGUGUGUAAGACUGGUGGAGGAGGUGAUUAAAAACAGGGUUAUUGCAACAAAUAUUGAUUUAUGAACCCUUAAAACUUUCAAACUUGACGAAUAUGAACUUAAUAAAUGCUCUAAAUGACUAUAAUAUAUUUAUUUGUAAUUUGGGAGAAAUGUUGUCUGUAGUUUAUAGAAUAAAACAACAAUGUUCAUUUUACUCAAACAUGAACCUAUAAAUAGCAAAAUCAGAGAAACUGAUUCAGAAACUGAAGUGCUCUCUUCAUUUUUUUUCUAGAGCUGUAUAUCUACACAGAUGGGCGUGGUCGUCUGAAAAUGAGGUGUGUUUAGGUAAAUUUUUGUAUUUGAGUAUUGCUCCACUGAUUGAAUACAACCUAGACAGACACCAACAGUCAGACGUUCAUCGCUAUCUCUGCAACACGGGCGCCAAUUAAUAGUACAUGUCUUUUGCAUGUUUUGAUCAGUGUACUUUUCCUGACGUUACGAUAGCAAUGACACACUAACUCGCAUCGCCUUAAAUCAAACCAAUCAAAUUUAGUCAGUGCAGUUUUGUUUUCCCACAAAAUCUUACAGCACUUCAUAUCUUACAGCUUCCCUCUGCUGAGAACAACUUUUAACUUUUAUGGAGAUGCGGAUUUCAUUUUCCAGCAGGACUUGGGAAGAGCUGGAUCUGGGGAAUGUUUCUGAAGCAGUGCAGGGCGGUGCGUUCUCUGGAACGGAGCUCUAAACUUCUGAUUUUUGGUGCUAAAAGCUGGAGAGCGGGAGUCGCUCGCUAGCUGUCCGUUCAUUGGUGCUGAGCUUUUUUAUUUUUUAUUUUUAUUCUCUUUUUAAAAAAUCUCACCAAGCACUUACUGGAGCGAACUGGAGGUCCGGGACUGCAGAGAGUUUUAUCUUCUGAGCUAAAAGUCUUUUUUUAAGUAUUAAAAACACCCUCUGAUGGAUAUUAUUUAUACGGUUGCAGUUUAUAUCCUGCUUUUUGUUUAAUGUUUUUUAUUCGUUACACCUCAUUAAUUUUUUCAUGAAAGCAAUGUUUCCCAGUCCUCCCUCAGCGCUGGAUCCCUUCACUCCACGUUUAUAUGAGUUUUCCAGCUCAUUUAAAAUCAAUUACUUACUGUAAAACAAAAAGAAAAAAGUAAAAGAAAAACUGUAAUGAGUAAUGAGCAACGUUAUAUUAUAAUAUCUAUAUUCAUAUCUAAUAAUAAGCAUCAUUGGCAGCACAUAAAUGGAACCGUUGCAGCAAAAUCUUCAAAAAAAAAAAAAAAAAGAAAUAUCUGUGGUAAAUCUUCUGCAGUUUAAUGGAUGUAUAAUUUUUUUUUUUUUGGUCACAUUUUUAUCUCUAGCUCAUUUUCUUCAUUUAUUUUGUGUUUUUAUUACAGCAGGUCAUUAGCAGGUGAUUAAUCGUGGGUGCGCCCAAUUGCAUACUAUUUGCUAAUGCUAACUAAUUUAAGUUAAAAGUAUAAUGUAGGUUAGAUAAAAGUUUGAAGUUGAGAAUAACUCAACAACACAGCCAUUAAAGCCUAAAAAUCCUUUUUUUUUCCCCAAAAAUCGACAGUGCACCUUAUGUAUAUAUAUAUAUAUAUAUAUAUAUAUAUAUAUAUAUAUAUAUAUAUAUAUAUAUGUGUGUGUAUUAAGGAGCAGUAGAGCCACUCUGUUGCAUAAUACAGCGGUUUCAAUUAAGUUUCUCCAGCACUUAGGCUGGAGCAGUAUUAGCACUAGCCGCUAACUACAGCGCUAAGCACUAGCUCUUUCCUCGUUCAGUAUAUCGGACUGACUACAGUCUGCACGUUUACUGUGUUUAAACAAACUAUGUGGGACAAACCGCUAGCUUACCAUUUACUAGCGCUAACCACUAGUUCUAAUGCUGCUGCACCCAGCCUUAGUUUAAAUCUGGAAUCUAAGCUUACAGUAAAUAAAAACAAAUGUUUUACUCACCCAAAUAAACAGUUUUUAGAACAGAAAUCUGUGUAGAUUAACUUCCAGCACUCGUUUGACUUUAAAAUAUAUAUAUAUAUAUAUAUAUUUUUUUUAAGAAUUACAGUUUUGUUUACUAAGCUUAGCUUUACUUUACUUAGCGACACUGACCACCACCACCCAGCAGUGAGAGCUGCUGAAUUAGAAGGAAAAAACCAUGGCGACACCCCUGUUCCUUACUAGUGUCGCUUAACAUGGCCUUAUAAUCCAGUGCACCCUAGAGUGCUUGUCUUUGGCUUCCUGUAAUACUAAUGCUGCUGCACCUAGCCUUAGUUUAAAUCUGUAAAUCUAAGCAGAGGAGCUUUACUCACCCAAAUAAACAGUUUUCAGAAGAAAAUUCUGUGUAGAUUAACGUCCAGCACUCGUUUAACUUAACUUAACUUAGCUACACUGACCACCACUGAGAUCUGCUGAAUUAGAAGGCAAAAAAACAUGGACACCCAUGUUCCUUACUAGUGUUGCUUAAAAUGUGCCUUAUAAUCUAGUGUGCCUUAUAGUGCUUCAAAAUCUUAAGAUAACAAACAAACAAACAAAAAAAACAGGAUCAGAAGCUUCCAGCUAACCCCAGGCCAAGACAACAAACAAAUCACCUAAAACUAAUAAAACUAAUCUAAAUUACCCUAAAAACAAAGAAAAUAAAAUAGAAAAAUACUACCCUGCCUUUUCUCUUCCAAAACAGAGGUAAAAGGUUUCAACAAAAAUGACAUUAAACAUUACAGCAAACAAACAAAUCUAUUAAAUAAAACAAACAGGUUUGGGCUGUGAUAUUAACCUGGUUUCUACGAGAAAAAAAAAAAAGUAAAGUAAAGUACAGAAAUCCUCAUUUUUACUCAUUCUCAUACUCAUGAGUGCGUGUGUGUGUGUGUGUGUGUGUGUGUUCGUGGUUUGGCUAGAGCAUUUUCAUUGUUAAAAUAAUAUGUUUUUAGGGUCUUUCUAAGAUUUGAAAAUUUAAAAUACAAAUUUAGAAAUGCUGGAACUCACUUUAGGGAUGAUCAUCAUAUAUAAAGAAGAAAGGGAGGAUAAUAAAUGAAUUAAAAAUAUAAAAGAAAAAAUAAAACGAGGUUAGCAUGUUAAUAUUUUUAAUGUACUAAGCUCCCAAACCCUCAUUAUUAAUAUUAAUAUACAGUGUAUACUGUAUUUUAUAGUAUUAGUGUGUAUGGUGUGCAAUUGGGACGCAGCCGCUGUCUUUGACAUUCACACUCUGUAUAUUUAAUGAUGUGUGAGCUUCAGUACAGAAUAGAAAAUGUUUAUAUAUGUUUAUUGUAUUUGUUAUUUUCUCUUUUUAAGCCUGUUAAUGUGUUUAUAUUAGCUUUAUGUUAUCUAUAUCUCUCAGGGGGAAACACAAACGUAUUAAUUCAUCUCUUCAGCAUCUCUUAAAUCAUCCGUCCGGAUCAGAGACGCACUAAAAAGGAACUUUAUGAAUUUGAAAGAAUGUAAAUUAUCUGAUUUUAAAUAGAAUCAGAUUAAUAACACCAAAUAAUCCACCACUGGAUCAAUAAAUAAAAGAAAGACUGAACCUGA